UUAUCUCUCCUGCUAUCUCAAAUUCUUCAAGACUCAGAAUACUUGAGCUCUCAGGCAAUAGUUUCACAGGUCCGAUUCCAGAAUCACUUGGUAACUUAAUGUACCUUGAGGUUCUGAGCUUGUGGGGAAGUAACUUUGUUAGUGAUUCAACAUUGAGCUUCCUCACAUCAUUGACAAAGUGUAGGAAGCUAAGAUCACUCUGGUUUGAUGGAAAUCCAUUGGAUGGUGUCUUACCUGCAUCAGUUGGUAAUUUCUCAAACUCACUGCAAACUUUUGGAGCAAGUGAUUGUAAAUUGAAGGGUGUCAUACCUCGAGAAAUUGGUAAUCUUACUGGAGUGACAAGGAUUGAUCUGCAAUACAACGAGUUGACCGGACAUAUUCCAAAUACUGUCCAAGGAAUGUUGAGCCUUCAAGAACUUUACCUACAAAGCAACAAGAUAGAAGGAACCAUACCAGAGGUUAUGUGCAGUUUGAAGAAUCUUGGUGCGUUAGACUUGUCAAGAAAUCAGUUUUCUGGUUCAGUGCCACCAUGCUUAGGGAAUGUUGCUAGUUUGAGAACACUUCAUCUAUCUGUUAAUAGGCUUAAUUCAAGAUUACCUGCAAGCUUGGGGGGCCUUCGUGAUCUCCUAGAAUUCAAUAUUUCAUCAAAUUUAUUGAUUGGAGAAAUUCCCUUUGAGAUCGGAGAUUUAAAGGCUGCAACACUAAUUGAUCUAUCAAAAAAUAAUUUUUCUAGUAAGAUUCCUAGCACUCUAGGGGGUCUAGAUAAAUUGAUUAAUCUUUCUUUGGCACAUAAUAGAUUAGAAGGGCCUAUUCCAGAUUCAUUUGGCAAAAUGUUAGCAUUAGAAUUCUUGGAUUUGUGCUAUAACAAUCUUAGUGGUGAAAUUCCAAAGUCAUUAGAAGCUCUUGAGUAUCUCAAGUACAUGAAUUUCUCAUUCAAUAAACUCAGUGGAGAAAUUCCCACUGGUGGCCCUUUUGCAAACAUCACCAGCCAGUCCUUCCUAUCCAAUGAUGCACUAUGUGGUCACUCUCGGUUUAUCGUGAAACCAUGCCUAACCAAAUCUACAGAGAGGUCAAGGAUAAAAAUAGUGCUUACAAGUCUAUACAUUCUAUUAGGGAUUGGAUCACUCCUGGCGUUGGCUGUUGGCUAUGCAGUGUUAAGAUUGAGAAAGACAACGGAGAAUGAAGGUCAAGAAGACGUGUCUCUGGUAAAAGAGCAUGAAAGAAUUUCCUAUUAUGAACUUGAACAAGCAACAGAAGGAUUCAAUGAAAGCAACUUGCUUGGUAGUGGGAGUUUCAGCACGGUCUACAAAGGGAUACUUAAGGAUGGUACUGUUUUGGCAGCAAAGGUAUUCAAUGUGCAACUGGAGGGUGCAUUCAAAAGUUUCGAGACGGAAUGUGAGAUACUCCGCAACCUUCGCCACCGAAAUCUAACUAAAGUCAUCACCAGCUGCUCCAACCUUGAUUUCAAAGCCCUAGUGCUGGAUUACAUGCCCAAUGGGACACUCAAUAAAUGGUUAUACUCCCACAAUUUGUUCUUGAGUUUAUUGCAGAGAUUAGAUAUAAUGAUAGAUGUCGCGUCCGCAAUGGAGUAUCUCCACAAUGGCUAUUCAACAACUGUGGUGCAUUGUGACUUGAAGCCAAGCAAUGUGUUGCUAGAUCAAGAUAUGGUUGGCCAUGUCAGUGAUUUUGGUAUAGCAAAAUUCCUAGGUGCAGGGGAGGCUUCUUUUGUUCAAACAAGGACUAUUGCAACCAUUGGAUACAUUGCUCCAGAGUAUGGACAAGAUGGAAUAGUAUCCACGAGGUGUGAUGUUUAUAGUUUCGGCAUCCUCAUGAUGGAGACGUUCACACGAACAAGACCAAGUGAUGAAACAUUUAAUGGAGAAAUGAGCAUACAGCGUUGGGUUAGUGAUUCCUUCCCAAGUGGAAUUCAUAAGGUGGUGGAUUCAAAUUUGGUAACGCCAGAGGAUGAACAGAUCGACUUAAAGAUGCAAUGUUUGUUAUCUAUCAUGGAAUUAGCUUUGAGAUGCACUUUAGUGAAGCCUGAUGCAAGGAUUAGCAUGAAAGAUGCUCUUUCGACACUUCAGAAGAUUAGGCUCCAAUUUGUAAAACUUGACACAAACGGUUGGAUCACUUCCACCACGGGGAUCUUUGUUAUACUCAGAAAAAUGAGCUGGCAGAAAGUUUUCAUUAUGCUUCAUCAUCAUACUUCUUCACUUGCUAAUAUUACCACCGAUCAAGCCGCUCUUCUUGCACUGAAAUCGCACAUUUCUUCUGAUCCUAACAACAUCCUAGCAAGAAACUGGUCUUCUUCCAGCCCAGUUUGCAGCUGGAUUGGAAUCACUUGCAGCUCCCGCCACCACCGAGUCACUGCUUUAAACAUUUCAAGCAUGCAACUUCAUGGUACCAUACCUCCACACCUCGGAAACCUCUCAUUUCUUGUUUCCCUCAACAUUCAUAACAACACAUUCCAUGGAGAUUUUCCAAAAGAGUUGACCCAUUUAAAAAGGUUAAAAUCGAUUAGUGUCACAAGAAAUAACUUCACUGGAGCCAUUCUAUCAUCUUUAAGUUUGUUACCAAACCUACGCUUUGUGUAUCUUUCAAUGAAUCAAUUUUCGGGAGAAAUUCCCUCUUCCAUUUCUAAUAUAACAAAGCUGGAAGUGUUGAGUAUGCAACGUAAUUUUCUCGAAGGAGAGAUCCCUCGAGAAUUCGGUGAUCUUCGCUAUCUGACCUUUUUAGAUCUGCAAUAUAAUCAACUUAGUGGCUCUAUACCAACAUCAAUCUUCAACAUUACGACGAUGAAAAUCCUUGGUCUUACCUAUAACAAUCUCACUGGUCAGCUUCCAACAACUAUAUGCGACCAUCUUCCAAAUUUGGAAUGGCUUUGCCUCUCAAAAAACUACAUAGGUGGUGUUAUUCCACCGAACUUAGAAAAUUGCAGAAAGCUUCAAAUCUUGUCAUUGUCUUACAAUGAGUUUAUUGGAAUCGUACCAAGAGUGUUAGCUAACCUAACAUCUCUUACGGAAUUGUAUAUUAGAGCUCUGCAUUUAGAAGGAGAGAUACCAGUGGAGCUCGGUAAUCUUGAGAAACUACGAGCGUUGGAAUUAUCAGAGAAUCAGUUUAGUGGUUCAGUCCCUCCAACUAUUUUUAACAUGUCAGCGCUGCAGAUUCUAGGACUUACAGAAAAUAAGUUUUCAGGUACUCUACCUUUAGAUUUAGGCCGUGGAAUGCCGAGCCUAGAACAACUCCUUUUUGGAGUAAAUAAUCUUAGUGGUUUUAUCUCUGAUUCAAUCUCAAAUUCUUCAAGACUCAGAAUGCUUGAUCUCUCAGGCAAUAGUUUCACAGGUCCAAUUCCGGGAUCACUUGGUAACUUAGAGCACCUUGAGGUUCUGAGCUUUUCGGGAGAUAAUUUUGUCAGUGAUUCAACAUUGAGCUUCCUCACAUCGUUGACAAACUGUAGGAAUCUAAGAGUACUCUGGUUUGAUGGAAAUCCAUUGGAUGGUGUUUUGCCUGCAUCAGUUGGUAAUUUCUCAAACUCACUGCAUACUUUUAGAGCAAGUGAUUGUAAAUUGAAGGGUGUCAUACCUCGAGAAAUUGGUAAUCUUACUGGAGUGACAAGGAUUGAUCUGUAUAACAAUGAGUUGACCGGACAUAUUCCAAAUACUGUCCAAGGAAUGUUGAGCCUUCAAGAACUUUACCUACAAAGAAACAAGAUAGAAGGACGCAUACCAGAUGUUAUCUGCGGUUUAAACAAUCUUGGUGCAUUAGACUUGUCAAGAAAUCAGUUUUCUGGCUCAGUGCCACCAUGCUUAGGGAGUGUUACUAGUUUGAGGACACUUUAUCUAGCUUAUAAUAGGCUUAAUUCAAGAUUACCUGCAAGCUUGGGGGGGCUUCGUGAUCUCAUAGAAUUAAAUAUUUCAUCAAAUUUAUUGAGUGGGGAAAUUCCCUUCGAGAUUGGAAACUUGAAGGCUGCAACACUCAUUGAUCUGUCAAAAAAUGAUUUUUCUGGUAAAAUUCCUAGCACGCUAGGGGGUCUAGAUGACUUGAUUAAUCUUUCUUUGGCACAUAAUAGAUUAGAGGGGUCUAUUCCAGAUUCAUUUGGCAAAAUGUUAGCAUUAGAAUUCUUGGAUUUGUGCGAUAACAAUCUUAGUGGUGAAAUUCCAAAGUCAUUAGAAGCUCUUGUGUAUCUCAAAUACAUGAAUUUCUCAUUCAAUAAACUCAGUGGAGAAAUUCCCAUUGGAGGUCCUUUUGCAAACAUCACUAGCCAGUCCUUCCUAUUCAAUGAUGCACUUUGUGGUGACUCCCGAUUUAACGUAAAACCAUGCCUAACCAAAUCUUCAAAGAAGUCAAGAAGAAAAGGAGUGCUUAUAGGGAUUGGAUCACUCUUCACAUUGGCUAUUGGAUUUGUGGUGUCAAGACUGAGAAAGACAAAGAAGAGUGCAAGUCAAGAAGAUGUGUCUCUCGUAAAAGGGCAUGAAAGAAUUUCCUCUGAUGAACUUGAACAGGCAACUGAAGGAUUCAACGAAGCCAACUUGCUUGGUAAUGGGAGUUUCAGCAUGGUUUAUAAAGGGAUUCUUAAGGAUGGUAUCAUUUUUGCAGCAAAGGUAUUCAAUGUGCAAUUGGAGGGUGCAUUCAAAAGUUUUGACACGGAAUGUGAGAUACUCCGCAACCUUCGCCACAGAAAUCUGACCAAAGUCAUCACCAGCUGCUCCAAUCUUGAUUUCAAGGCCCUUGUGUUGGAAUACAUGCCCAACGGGACACUUGACAAAUGGUUAUACUCUCACAACUUGUUCUUGAACUUAUUGCAGAGAUUGGAUAUAAUGAUAGAUGUUGCAUCUGCAAUGGACUAUCUCCACAAUGGCUAUUCAACGCCUGUGGUGCAUUGUGACUUGAAGCCAAGCAACGUGUUGCUCGAUGAAGAACUGGUUGCUCAUGUAAGUGAUUUUGGCAUUGCAAAAAUGUUAGGUGCAGGGGAGGCUUUUGUUAAAACAAGGACAAUCGCAACCAUUGGAUAUAUUGCUCCAGAGUAUGGACAAGAAGGAAUAGUAUCCACGAGAUGUGAUGUUUAUAGCUUUGGCAUCCUGAUAAUGGAGACGUUCACAAGAAAAAGACCAAGUGAUGACACAUUUACCGGUGAUUGGAGCAUACAGCGUUGGGUUAGUGAUUCCUUUCCGGAUGAAAUUCAUAAAGUGGUGGAUUCUAAUUUGGUACAGCCAGGAGAUGAACAAAUUGAAGCAAAGAUGCGAUGUUUGUUAUCUAUCAUGGAAUUAGCUUUGAGCUGUACUUUAGUGACACCUGAUGCAAGAAUUGGUAUGAAAGAUGCUCUUUCAAAACUGAAAAAGAUUAGGCUACAGCUUGUUAAUAGUCGGCACUAGGUGGAAUCAGACCGUCUAUUCGAUGUGUUAUUUGAUUACUUAAGUUUGUUUAAUCAAGGUUGUAACGAAGCAAAUAGUUUCUUGAUGUAUGUAGUUUUUAUGAUUUAUGGAAGUCGAAAAUGAGAAGUAAAUGAUUGUUGUG